CGGGUCACGUGUGGAUGAGAUUGCGCACGGUCCAAUUAAACUUCCGUUUUUGGACGAUCAUCUUUGACUAGUGGUAGUCUUCACAUUUACCUGUGGUCGUUCUCGCUGUCAUUCUUGCUCGCUGUUGCCCAUGAUGACGGGCUCUCCAGCUUCACUUGAAUCCUUGAGCUCACCCUCUCCAUCGCCGCCGCCCCAAGAAGAUUCGGGCGCCGGCUUGGAUGCCGAGUCCGAGCUAUCAGAGCUUACAGACGACGAGCUCGUCCAGGAGUCUCAGUCGCCCAAAAAGAAGGCCAAGACAUUCGUUGACGGAGAUCCUGAAGAUGUCUCUCGUCGCCGGCAGCCCCGUCGCGGAGGAAGAAAAAAGCGUGGAGGCCUGGUCCCUGCCCCGAUGUGGGACUGGGCAUAUAAAUCGAAGAACUCCAACUCAAACUCAAAUUCGAAGAGCGAGGGAAGCGCCACACCUGGAGUUGAGGAAGAGGAAGAAGAGGAAAUGGCUGGCCCACCUCGAGCUAUGGAGGAGGAAGAGGAAGACGAGAACGAGGAUGACCAAAGGGACGACCUUGACGGCGACUGCCCCGACGGGGACGUCGAUGCUGACGAGCUUCUUGAAGAUGUUAGCGUCACUGUCAAUGGGCGUGCGCAAGAUUACGACGACGAGGACGGCGCCGCUGAGCCGCACAAUUCCACUUCUAAUUCGGCAGUGGACGAAGAAGCAGAGCCCUAUGCCUCUGACGAGGACGAGCCUGUAACAGCCAUUCCUCUGAAGCGCCGUGGCCUCAUUGCCAUACCAGACGGAUCACAUGAAGGAGAAGCCGAUGGCGAUGAGGAUGAGGAUCCUCCCGUCACCAAUGACCAUGACCACGAAAACGACACCGAGUCUGAGGACAAUGACGGGCCGCCAGAAGCGGGCGUGGACAUGGACAUGGACAAUGAGGCCGAGGCACCCUCAGCACUGGUCAAGGCGGUCACCAUGGUCCCAUUGAUUCCCAUCGAUAUCACAGCUCCACCGCCAGCGUCCGUCGCGCCCAUCGCAGCUGCCGCUGCCUCACACUCAAUUAUGGCAGGGUCAACAGUAAUUCACCCACCAUCUCCUACUCCGUCUGCAUCCUCUACGUCCGGGUCCCGCUCACCCUCCUCUUCGCGUUCUCCGUCGCCCAAACCCGAGAACGGAAAGCCGCAACGUAAGAGCAAACGAGGCAAGAAGGACAAGGAUGAAGACGGUGACGCCGCGACAUUAACAGCUCCAGGCGCUGAGUCCGCUCUGCAUGAAGCAGAAGGGGAUGAUGAACUAGACAUGGAAAUGGAGCUGGAUUUGCAGCCCGCCCACCGUGCCGAAGCACUGGAUGUGCUUGCGACUAUUGAGCUGAAGUUUGCACUAUUGCGGGAGAAGGUGUAUGUCGAGAAAAUGGAAGGGCUCGCUUGGGAGGAGGCAUUGGUUUCCGAGGCAAACCACCCAGAGCUCAUCCAUCUGCAAGCCGAACUGAACAAACGUCGCGACAAACGUCUUGCUCUUGCUUGCAAGAGACGUGUGUAUGAGGUUGUCUCCGCUAACAAGCGGCGGAGGAUGAACGAGGACGCGGUCUGGAGUUGGUGGAAGGUCGCACGAGAUGACCUGCAGACAGAGAUGAUUGCUGAAACUAACCGUAAGCGCCGCAAAUUGGAGCGCGAGCGCAGAGCUAUCGACAGACCCCAACCAUUGCGCCGCAUUCCCAACCCAAUCCCCGAUCCCCCUCCCGCGCCCACCAUUCGUCAAAUUGCACAGAUAUUGCCGCUCACAACUUCCCGACGACACAUGCUGGCGACCGCAUACCCCGAUUUGAACGCCCUGCCUCCGGUAGAUGCAGCUGCAGACCUCGAUUUCCUGCAUCAGCACCGUAUGAUGAAUGCGCGCAUGGUCAUAGGCCCCAUGUAUGGUGCAUCUUCUAUGGAUGCUUUAGCGUUCCAUGGUGGCCCAGACGUGCGCAUGCCACCCCCACCCCCGCCACCCGUAUUUCAACCACCCAACCAGGGGUACCCGUUGGGCGCCCCGGGACGCCUACAGCGGUUGCCUUCGGGUCCUGCCCCAGUACAGUAUGAUGGCCUCCCUCCUCCCGCAUACGGCCCGGGAAUGCCGCCACCGCCUCCCCCGCACACAGAACAACAAUUCGUGAAUACAGCACUACAGGAUACAACGCGGUUUGGCAUCCCAAAGCCCGCGGGUGGGAUGGAUUGGAACGCGGGAGCGGAAGGGCGACGCCGUGAGGAAGAACUGGAGCGUGAGCACCACCAUCGGCACCCGCACCACGCGCAUGUCCCGCCACAUCACCAUGUUGGUGGUCACCACCAUCACCGUCAUCACCAUCACGUUGUGCAUCACCACCAUCCGCCUGAGCCGCAGCCUCAACCGCAGCCAGAGAUGAUUAACCUUAAGCAACAGCACUGGAAUAAACAUGGGAGCCGACCAUCAUCGACGCACCCACCGUAUGAAGAGCGUGACCGACCUGUUGCGACGCCAUUUGCGUUGGCGCCGUCGCAUAAUAGCAUUGCAGGCUCAACCUCGGGUCCCGGAUUGCCCAGCGGGCCUGCGCCGUCGCCAAGGCAUGGCUGGAUGCAUCAGGAUGACCGGGAGCGCCCACCCCCAUCACAACCUCCACCAGACCGCUACCACUCUCCUGGACCUCAUCGAUACGCAGGACCUUCGUCAAGUCAUCCGCCACAUCCACAAUCUGCCCUAUCCCGUCAAAACUCAUCGGGAGUUUCCCCACCUCGUGCCCGACCCCUCCCUCCAAGUCCAUCAUCAAUACCGCACCCUGGAUUGCGGUCGCCGUCACGCUUUGAACCUCAUUCGUCUACGGCCAGUAGCCCAGUGAUGAAGCCCCGGCGACCACUUUCUCCACCUCCAAUGUCUGUGUCAAAGCUGGGUAUGCCGCCUAUUGGCCCAGCAUCCGGGUUCUCCCCUCGCCUUGCGGGUCCAGGAGCACCCCCUAGAGAGAUGGAGGGCGGCAUAAAUGGUGUCGCGUCGUUAUUCGGUGGGGGAAGCAGAACGGCAUCCCCUCUCAUUUCGUACUCAGCCACUCAAGGCCCACCACGACCUGCCCCGUCAAAGGUGAAUGCUAUGCAAAUGGUAGAUGGUCCCUGAUUUUAUACGUAUACACUUCCUCUUUCACCUUGUUUACUACUUACAGCUAUUUCAUCUUGGGCACUGUAUAUACUGCAUUUUCGUCAUUUUUUCACAGUAAUUAUGCCACGGGAACCUGGAACUUUGUACGUUCUUGAAUACAUAUUACAAAGGCCAGGAUGGGUUUCGUGAUACAUGUAUAUAUGGAUCUUUCACAGCCU